AUGGAAGCAAAAAAUGUCCCAAGCAUUUCCGAUAAAGCCAGUUCAUCUUCGUUAAAGGUUAAAAAAACCUGUUUCAAAACAAAAUACUCCAAGAUUGAGCGUUUGGUGCAUUUGUACAAGAAUCGCCUUCAGUUAAGAUCAGCUAUAAAAAGACUUGAGGAUCGACCAGUCUCGUGUGGGGAGGAUUAUGAUGAGGAUUUGGAAGAGGCUUAUGAAAGACGUCUGAUAAAACUUGCGAACAAAAGACUCCAGAUUCAUAAUUAUUUGACCCGAAAAGGGAUUUUUGUUGUUGAUACGGCAGAGAAAAUAGUUUCUGAUGCGAAGCCAAAGCUAAUAAUAUCUACAACAGGCGUCGAGCAUUUGAAUUUGCUCCUAACGGAGCACAUUAAUCAAGAAAUUGAUUCAGAGGUCUUUGGAAUUAAGAUACGAUUGCCUUACAGGCACGUCACUCUCAACGAUGUAAAGCUCUUGAUAGAAAAAGCGAAGGAUAUGGGUAGUUCAGAGCUUUUUCCAGUAGAUCCAUCGGCAUUAGGCAAGUUUUUGAUUGUUUGUCGUGAUGAACCGUUUUGGAUAAAUCAAAUGGUUCAAAACGUCGUAUGUGAAGUGAACCGAGUAAUAAAGAAAUAUAUUGAAGACAAUCAUAAGAUGUCUCUUGCAGAUUGCGAAACACUGAAUUCUGAAGAAGCAGUCGGAAAUGGAACAUCUAAAUCAGAUUAUGUGGAUGGUGUGGAACGCGGAACUGAAAACUCUUCAGAUGUCCCAACUUGGGACUGUGCAAAUAUAGUCAGCUUCCUUGAUAUGACGAUAGUUUUUGUAACUUUUUUGGAAAUCGCAUUUGAAUGCAAAGUUUCGAAUAUUGUUUAUGUUUUAAAGGAAUUGCAUGAGGCAUAUAGUCGUGGAGAACUAGAUUGUCAGGAGCCAGAAAGUAGUGGUGAUAUCGACGAUACUGAGAUGUUGCCAACUUCAGAAGAAGAUGAGGAGGAACAAGAAUAUGCUGAUUUUGAACCUUGUGCACCUGAUUCUCCUUGUAAGUAUUUAAAUUGCAAACUGGACGUUCAGCUUUAUGUUUUAAAGGAAUUGUAUGAGGCAUACGGUCUUGAUGUACUGGAUUGUAAGGAACCAGAUAAUAGUAAUAACGUAGACGAUAUUGAAAUCGUACAGAAUUCAGAAGUUGAAAUGGAACAGGAAUGCGAUGAUUUCGAACCUUAUGCAACUGAUACUUCUCAAGACAAUAAUAUAAGAAUUUGUGGUAAGUUUGGUCGUAACAGAGAUCAAAGUUUUGUACCAGAUGUUGUGAUUGAUAUGAGAUCACCAGAAGAAGGUGAUCAUAAAUUGGAGCAAAAAAUGGAUUCUGGUGAUGAUGACGAUUGUUACAUUAUCGAACAUUAG